AUGGAUUUAUUCUAUUUAUCUUUUAUCUGUGGUUUAUUGUUCGCGUCUGUGCAAUCGGCACCACAGGUACCCUACGACUACAUUCCCAUAGGUCGAGAUGCUCGGCGGCGUGAAGCGGAAUACGCUCACGCCUCAGACGUGAACCACAAUUAUGAACGCCUGUACCCUUCCGGACGUAAAUUUAUGGACCCUUAUCGAUCAGAAGUUGUGAAAUAUAAAUGA